AUGACUAACGCCAGUGUGACCUCAAACGACCGUGUGAAUAUUGCGUUCAUCGCAACCGAGAGUGCGUGGGACGGUCACCACCUACAUAAUGGUGUCCUUGGACUUACCGAUUUGCUAAGUGAUGCCAAUGGCGAAGGAUUCCUUAAUAACGAUCUGAUCGUCGACACCCUUGAUGAGUUGUUUCACGUGGAUUCCGAGGACUCGCUGGUUACGGCGAAGGCUCUUCGUAAUGAAGCACUCAUUGAUUCCAUUUCUCCUCAGGUGCUGGAGUCGUUGGUUCAUUCUCUUUUUCCUAAUAAACCUUACAUGUCGUCGAUGGAAAUGUGGAUCAUUUGGUUCAUGAUCGACUGGAGUUCGCGCCACUACGUCGUCAGUCACAAUUUCCGACGAAUACAGUUGUGGAAUAACGUAAGGGAGAGACUCUACGCCACGCUGGAGUUGAUCCAGCUGGGAUUGUAUGCGUUUCUGGGAUUGAUCUUGUUAGGCAACAACAACCGUCGGUAUCUUUUGGGGGAUACCCCCAUCGAUGACGGGCUGGAGUUGUCGAUAGCCAAGGUGUACAACUUUGUCAUGAACCUGUACAACUAUUUACUCCUGGCAACCAGUCGACAAAUGGGGAAAGUGCUUGAUAAUACCUGUACAACAACCGAGGCGAGAGUGCUCAUGACAUCGUUGACAUUUUUGUUUGCUAUCCUAGAGAGGUUACCUUCGGGCACUUGUCCGUUGGUCGAUUUCACUAGAGGCGGUAAUGAUUUCGUUGCCUACAAUAAUGGUUUUCGCCAAACGUACGCGACGUUGCUACCAUAUUUGCAGAACCUGCCCUACGAAAGCAUCCUUGGUUUGUGUUCGCCUAGCAACGACAAUGCCAUAAUGUUUCCGUUUUUUGCCCGCAUAAUAGAGUUUAUCGACACCCACGCCGAUGGGCUAGGGACCCCGGCUGACGUGGCUAUUGUCAGACACGCGUUUGCUGUUCUCGAUCAACAAUUGUAUCGCACCACGAUCACCUUAUAUCCGCUCGAGUGCCAUCCUGUAUUUGUAAACGUGUCGGAUGCGUUUUGGGACUUGGUGUAUGCCCAGAAUCCGCUAGCUCUCAGCUGGCUUAACGUGUUGGCUGCCUACGCUCUUGUAUUCGAGCUAUACUACAUUCGCGAUAACAACAUCUGGGUGGAUUACAUGAACUGGUACCGCCAACGGCACGGUCAGAAAUACUUUUGGGAUGAGCCAAUAUACCAGGCGGUCGUGGAACAGGGCUAUAGUGUAACCGUCUACGAUUUGUUACUCUACUUCAAUCCCCUCGAAUGUGCCACUAUCAAUGAGAUUCCAUAA